AUGGUCAAGAGAAAGCACGAAACCACCGAGGCCGACUCGAACGGAUCGGCCAGGAAGACAGCAAAGUCGCAGAGCGACGUCCACGCAAACUUUGGCGACAAGCUGUUCGACCGUAAUGUCGUCACAAAGUACCGCGACGACUAUGCGAAAAGCGGACCCUACUUGCAUACCGUUGUGUCUGGCCUGAUCAACGACUCCCUCCUUCGUUCUGUCCGCCGCGAAAUUAUCGACAAUGUCCACUUUACACCAAAAGAAACCGACAUCUACAAGAUUCACCAGUCUGGCGACCUUGCCAACCUCUCCGGUCUCGAUCCCUCUGCACUCAAGCUGUUGCCCUCGCUGCUCACCUUGCGCGACUCGCUCUACUCUUCUGAAUUCCGCGCAUGGGUUUCGGAAGUCUCGGGCGCAGGCCCUCUGUCGGGAAAGAAGACGGACAUGGCUGUCAACGUAUACGCUCCUGGUUGCCAUUUGCUGUGCCAUGACGAUGUCAUUGGUACCAGACGUGUCAGCUACAUCCUCUACUUGACCGAUCCGGAUACGCCAUGGCAGCCCAACUGGGGCGGCGCAUUGCGUUUGUACCCCACCGAGGAAAAGACAGACAGUGAUGGCAAAAAGGUAAGAGUGCCACACUACGAUUUCACAAAGGUCAUCCCGCCAGCCUGGAACCAAUUGUCCUUCUUCACGGUCCAGCCUGGUCAGAGUUUCCACGACGUUGAGGAGGUCUUCAAGCGCAAGGAGGGCGAAAGCGAGCAUGAUAAUGGUCGUAUUCGCAUGGCCAUCUCUGGCUGGUUCCACAUUCCGCAAGAGGGAGAAGAGGGCUUUGAGCCAGGACUUGAAGAGAAGCUGGCUGAGCGCAGUUCGCUGCAACAGCUGCAGAGCAAGAACGACGAGUUUGACUUGCCUCAAGAACAGUGGAUCGACCACGACGAGACGGCAGACAAGGCCGAGGGCGCAGAAGAGGAAGAGGUCGAGUUCGACGAGAAGGAUAUGGACUUCCUGAUCCAGUACAUGACGCCGCAAUACCUCACACCGGAUACAGUCGAGGAACUCUCCGAAUUAUUUGCCGAAGAGUCAAGUCUGCAGCUCGCCAACUUCCUCUCCAAGAAGUUCAGCGCGCGUCUGCGCGAAGACAUCGAAGCUCACGACGGCAAAGAUGAGCCCGCAACCGAUGGUUGGGCCACAGCAACUCCUCCUCACAAGCACCGCUACCGUUUCAAGCACGCCAACCCUUCUGCUACCAACAACUCCGCUUACGACGAGCUUCUCAACAAAUUCUUGCCCUCCCUCGCUUUCCGCAAAUGGCUGAGUCUGGCUACCGGACUCACCCUAGCGAAGAGCAGCAUUUUGGCGCGUCGCUUCCGCAAGAGCUUGGACUACACAUUGGCAACUGGCUACAACAAGUCUGAAGCACAACUCGAAUACUGCCUCAACGUCACACCUUCAAAAGGGUGGGGCGCCGAUGAGGAGGAAGAGGAAGAAGAGGCUGCCAACGAAGCUGAGAAGAAAGGAUCAAAAGAAAAGGGCAAAGCCAAGACCGCUACAUCGAAAGAAGAGGAGGACGACAAUGUAGGCGGCUACGAGCUAUACAUGGCUGGCGACGAUGAUGACGAUGAAGAUGAAGACGACGACGACGAUGCUCACUCGGACCACGGCGUCAACAUCCCUCCCAAUGCUGCUUCAGCAACAGGCGCUGGCAAUCGUCGCAUCGCCAAGCACAAGAAGAAGGCAGCUGACCCUGCAAUCUAUCAAGCUGGCAACGAAGAAGACGACGGCAUCCUUUUCUCGAAUCCAGCAAACUGGAACACACUGUCUGUUGUUCUCAGAGAUCGGGGCGUGCUGAGAUUCGUCAAGUAUGUCAGCGAGAGCGCCAAGGGUGACAGAUGGGAUGUCGUUGGCGCUGUCGAGGUGAUUGAUGACGAUGAUGACGAGGAUGAGGAUGGUGCUGAGGAGUAG